CCCCUUGGACCACUGACGUCUUCCGGAAACGUGCACGUGCAAGCUGCCCGCAAUACGUCAUGGCGACCAGACGCCUUUUAGGGGCUGCCCGGAUAUGGGCCGGCUGGGGGACCCGGGAGCUCCUAGACCCCGCCUCUCCUAGAAGGCUCCUGGUCCGGGAUUAUGCUAAGAAACCAGUUAUGAAGGGGGGCAAAUCCGGAAAAGGUGCAGUGCCCAGUGAGGCCCUCAAGGACCCCGACGUAUGCACAGACCCUGUCCGGCUCACCACAUACGCCAUGGGCGUCAACAUCUACAAGGAAGGGCAGGAUGUACCCCUGAAACCGGAUGCUGAGUACCCUGAAUGGCUGUUCGAGAUGAACUUGGGCCCCCCAAAGACCCUGGAGGAGCUGGAUCCUGAGACCCGGGAGUACUGGCGGCUGCUGCGGAAACAGAACAUAUGGCGCCACAACCGGCUGAGCAAGAACAAGAAGUUGUAGCGUGGUGGGCCCGCCCCCCGCCCCCGCCCCCCCCCAGG